CAAGGACAGACUACUCCAUACUCCAUACAGCUGCUAACUUGAUACGGACAAAAUAAUAAAUCAAAUAGCUUAAUUGAAAAUGGAAUACAAAGAUAAAAGCAAAAAAUAAAAAGGAGAAACGUUGCUGCCUACUUAACCCCUAUUGUUCCGCAAUAUAUAUGUAUGUAAACACUGUUCUCGGCGUUAAAUAUUGCAUGUAACUUAUGUAACUUAACUUUGUCGCUCUCCCCCACCUAUUUUACCGCCAACAGGCAACGCUUCUUUUACAUCUUACUUGCUGCCAAUCUGUGAAUUUUCUUCUCUUGUGCCUUCGUGUUGUUCUCUAUCAGCUUCGUUCUUCUGCUUCCUCUACCAAUCGCUCCAUUCCGUGGAUCCAUCGUGCUGUAAUACAUCGCUUCCCAGAGCAACCCCCGCCGCCGAUAUAGUCUAAACCAUGUCUUCUCUCCCUCCUGUCUAUAUCGUCGCCUCCGCGAGAACCCCCGUGGGUUCUUUUCUAGGGUCUCUCUCUAGCUUAACAGCACCUCAACUCGGCUCUCACGCCAUCAAGGCUGCCGUUCAGAGGGUGCCUGCGAUCAAGCCCAGUGAUGUCCAGGAAGUCUUCUUCGGAAACGUCCUCUCCGCAAAUGUGGGACAAAACCCUGCAAGACAAUGCGCUCUCGGCGCAGGACUCGCUGAGUCCACCGUCUGCACAACAGUCAACAAAGUGUGCGCCUCAGGCCUCAAAGCCAUUAUCCUAGGGGCGCAGACCAUCAUGACUGGCAACGCCGAUAUCGUUGUUGCUGGAGGCACCGAAUCCAUGUCCAACGCCCCCCAUUACAUCACCAACAUGCGCACCGGUGCGAAAUACGGUCACCAAAACAUGGUGGACGGUAUCAUGAGGGACGGCCUCACUGAUGCGUCAAAGAAUGAGAUCAUGGGCCUACAAGCUGAAGAAUGUGCUGCUGAUCAUGGCAUCACCAGAGAACAACAAGAUGACUAUGCCAUCAGAUCAUAUGAGCGUGCCCAAGCUGCUCAAAAAGCUGGAUUCUUGGCUGGGGAGAUUGCCCCUAUUGAAAUCCCCGGUUUCAGAGGCAAGCCCGGUGUUGUUGUUGAUAAAGACGAGGAACCAAAGAACCUCCACCCUGAAAAGCUCCGCGCCAUUAAACCCGCCUUCAUCCCCGGCACCGGCACUGUAACUGCCCCCAACUCCUCCCCACUAAACGACGGUGCCGCAGCCGUCGUUCUCGUCUCCGAAGCCAAGCUAAAGGAGCUCAACAUCAAACCCCUAGCCAAGAUUCUCGGCUGGGGUGACGCCGCCAAAGCAACUAGCAAAUUCACCACUGCCCCCUCCCUCGCCAUCCCCAAGGCGCUCAAGCACGCCGGCGUCGCGCAGGACGCCAUCGACGCCUUCGAGAUCAACGAGGCGUUUAGCGUGGUUGCGCUGGCUAAUCUUAAACUCCUGGGUCUGAGCGAAGACAAGGUUAAUAUGCAUGGCGGCGCGGUUGCGCUAGGACACCCGCUCGGUGCCAGCGGUGCGCGUAUUGUAGCGACCCUGUUGGGUGUGUUGAAGGAGAAGAAGGGGAAAUUGGGAUGUGUAGGUAUCUGCAAUGGAGGGGGUGGUGCUAGUGCAUUGGUUGUUGAGUCUUUGCAGUAGGUUUGCAGAUGGGUUUGUUGAGGGUGGGGAUGAUGGAGAAUUAUGUCCCUCUUUUUCAAAGCACAAAUUCCCUGAUAGCCGUCCCCACAAAGUAAGUACACUGACUUACUUUUAUUUUUGUGGCACACGCAUAUCUCUCUCUCUCUCUCUCUCUAUAUAUAUAUAUAAGCCCCCUUUUUUUCACUCGUGGAAAAGAACAUUUCACAGACCAAUCAAUUUGAAAUAAAUGAUUCCUAUGUAUUGUUUUGCAUAGUUUCUCUCAUAUGGGGAAAACUGUACGUAUGCGUGGGACUCAUAUCACUUGUUAUGCAAACUAAAAAUUUCCGAAAUAAAAUGAUGGAUAUAACCAUUCAUCACUAAAAAAUUAACUGACAGAUUUCCGCCUACAAGAAAGUAUGUAUGUAUAUAUAUCAAGGUACAAAUUUGAAAGGGGGAAGAGUAUGAACUAGGCGACAAGUUACAUUUAUACACUCCACAUAUAAACAUGGAUCUAUCUACCUAGGUAUAUCCAUAUAUUUCCCAUCAUACAGCCCAGCCUACCCCAUCUCCUCCGCUCUCACAGUCAACUCCUCUCUCACCCGCUCCCCAAAUACCGAUUUGAACACCCCAUACUCAGCUCCAACCCUCGUGAUAACCUCCAACGGCAGCACCACAUGCCCACGUAGCACCGGCGAAAUCCGCGCACUAAUGUCUAUCAACCAGCUCACCUGCGGCAAUAUCAUCUGCGGAAACAGUGCCCGCUCAGGUAUCACGCGCCAAAUGAUCGGACACAUCGCCACCUUCAAUGCCGUGAGGUACAUGAACAAAAGCAGGAACAUCGCAUUCUUCUCCACCUCCCCCUCCCACUUUGGCCUCCGCCCGGUUCCCGCCCCCGCGCCUCUCACGGAUGGCGAGAUGAUGUAAUUUUGGAAACUGACCUCGUCAAUGGUGCACAGGACCACAUACGUCUUGUGGAACGAAUUGAAUGCAUCGACCCACGCUCGUCGCUGCAAUGCCUCGGCAGCAUCGAGGAUGGCUGCGUAAUAGUUCUGGUGACAUUCGUGCUGUAGGAGUGGAAUCAAUGCCCUCAAUGCAUCCGCAAAGCGCUUGACAACGCACAUAUUAAUGCCCAUGUCGAUAGCGUCG